AUGCUCUUACUGCUUCUGUCCAUUUGUCUCCUCUGGCCCGGAGCCGAGACCACGGGCAGGAACUUUACUGUGGACGGGGAGAUCCGUCACCUGGUCGCCACAGAUGACACGCUUUACGUGGCCACAGAAGAUAAGCUAUACCAGCUGAAGCGGGACUUGACUUUGGUGUACACUCUCAACCAGAAAGGCGUCCUAACGGGGAAUAUUGACAAGGCCGUGUUUUCCCGGGUGACUGAUGGAGAUCCGUGGAACACCACGUUCAGCGUCAACGUCUUGUUACCCGUGAACGGAAUGCUUAUAAGUUGCGGCGUGACCAACGAAUGCGGCUAUUGCGAGGUGUUGGCGUUGGACGACAUUUCCACAACGGUGCACAACGAGACUAUUCUAGUGGGAUCCAAAAAGCGCAAAAGCACCUCCGUGGCUUUCCUGCCAGCCACUCCCAGAGCCAACCCAGAAUUCUACAUCUUGGCAGCCACCCAGCAACGCAAAGGUGAAGAUCCACAGAUCUGUGAAAACCCUAAGGCCGUGUACCUCCACAACAGUGGAAUGGGACAAGACAUCUUUUCCUUCGGCGGUGACGGUACCAACCCGAGCAUUGAAAGCAACAAAGACGUAGACUUUUUGGACGGAUUCCAGAUUAAUUCCACAAUUUAUCUAUUCGCCAACGUGCUUGACCCAACGCGCGGCAACGACAGAGUUCGGCUCGUUUGGCUCACAGCUAAAGCGAAAAAACUGGCCACGUUUAAAUCUCUGCGUGGAGCUUAUUUCUCAGUCCCAAAAGGCUGCAGACUAGCAGCUUCCUCUGCGGUCUCGCCCGGUCUUUCUUCGGCCGUGCUGUGGGCCGGCAUCUUCCACGCCGACAGUGAUGCGAGGGGCACCCAGUUGCUUCUGUUUGACAUCAGUCCUCCUCUGGACCCAUAUCCGUAUACCGACCGAGAUUUCUGCAGCCCCACCUGCGGCGCCCAAAAGAAUGAGACCAAAGCGUUGAAGCCACUGAAGGUGCUCUUCAAACAGACCUCUAUGACAUCUGUACUAGCCACAACACAAGGGAGCUGGAUGGUGUUCUUCAUCGGGACGGCGGACGGGCAACUCAUUAAGCUAAGUGUGGACGAAAAGUAUCAGAUCGCUUGCCCCACAAUGCUAUACCGCACUAACGACGAUAGAAAAGUGUUCCCCAGGAUGCACCUGGACCUGGACGGCAAACACGUGUACGCGGCUUUUGCUAAGCAGGUGCAUCGUGUGCCCGUGUCCGAGUGCGGCAGGCACAAAAAUCUAAAGGAUUGCUGGUCAGCGGAGGAUCCCAGUUGCGUGUGGUGCGAGGGCCAAAACAGUUGCACAUUUAAGGACGAAUGCCAAAACUCCGACUGGUUGUCCUUUCCUAAUAUUUACCAGAAAAAGAUGAUUUCCUACAUGGUUAAAAAGCAAAGUUCUGGUCAGAUCCACCUGGUUGUUGACACGCAUGUGAACGUUCAUCUGAAAGGCACCACCAGAUUUGCUUGUCAGUUCUCUGCAAGUUCUGGCAAGCUAUGCGUAUGGGACGGUCCGAGCCCGACAUUCCCAAAUUGUACUUGCAUACUCUUAAACGGGACUCAACUUCCGAGUAAAGGCUUGAACGUGGUGGUGAAAUUCCGACUUGGGUCGAUGAAUUUUCAGGAAACAAUAAAGCUAAUGACCUGCUCGGACAUCGCGGGUUCACCGACUUCCGCUCUGUGCCAGAGUUGUUUGGACGUUGGCUGCAGCUGGAGUAAAAAUGUUUGUUCCUGGGCGACUGAAAAUGGAACGGAUGACCAGAUUUGUCAAAUGAUACCGUCCCAAAUGAACAUUUCCAAGCCAGAGAUCUCCUCCAUCAUGCCCGACGUCGUGUCUUUCUUCGGCCACAAGGGCGCCGUUAUGACCGGCUACAACCUCAGUCGCGUGACCAGAGUGAGGAUACGGACUGCAGCGGACUGCGCGCCAUUGGAGUCUCCCGUAUGGAGCAACAAUGGCACAAACCUGAUUUUCCACAUUCCCGCCAUUCAGAGUAAAGGAACAGGGCAGGUUUGCGUCGUCCUCCCAGAUGGUAGUUGCUACGGCAACAGCGCGGUGACCUACACAUCAGCCCCGUCUUGCUAUUCCAUCACUCCAACAACCACUUGGGGCAGUGGAAAAAGGAAGAUUACACUACUCGGGUCCAAACUUGAAUUUGUCGACGGAAUCCUGCACAGUCACAGCUUACAGGAAGUCAGCAAUCCCACAAGCAAAAACCCACACAAUCUGACUUAUUUCACACCUUCAGUCAAGAGUCCUUAUCGGGUUUUUACUAGCAUCCUGUCCCUGAAAGUAUCUAAUGAAACGCUAGCCUGCUCGCAGUCCCUCAUCUACUAUCCUGAACCUGAAUUCACCAGUUUCACCUCCACGAGAACUGGGGAGGUGGUUCGAGUCACCAUACAGAAAACAGCCGAUAACCUGAACAUGAGCAUCAAAGACGUUUCGGCGUUUGGCGUUUAUGAGGGAAAGGAUUUCCCUUGCAUCAUGGAGGCCAAAGAACAUAGCAACCAAACGGAUUUUUUCAUCUGUGAAAUUCAUAAUGUGCCGGACCUAAAAUUCCGCAAAUUAAAGGUUUCAUAUGGCGGUGAAACCAUCCUGCUGCGGAACACCUCCCCUGUCCUCACCCUUAUGUUGUUCGUCCUGCUGCUUAUUCCUGUUAUUAUUAUCGCGGUGAUUCUGGUUUACCGGCGCCAGCGAAAACAGCUGACAGAGAAGAUGAACAAGCACGUGGAAACCCUGGAACUCGACAUCAGGAAUGACAUCAGACAAGGUUUCGUUGACAUGCAGACCGAAAAGGUGGAUCUGCUCGACAACAUCAGCGCAAUUCCCUUCCUGGACUACAAGCACUUUGCUUCCAGAAUCUUCUUCCCUGAGAACGAAGCUUUUACGGCGUCAUGCGUGGCCGACGUGGGUCAACACGCAGUCAAAGUACAACUUGACGAGAGUUGCCAGGCUUUCUCGGAGCUGAUCCAGGACCGACGUUUUCUUACGUGCACGGUGCACACGGUGGAAGCGCAGAAAAGCUUCACUAUUAAAGACAAGUGCGCGUUGGCGUCCCUGCUGACGGUGGCACUCCACGGCAACUUGUUGUAUCUUACGGAUAUAAUGGAAACACUGCUGAAGGAUCUGAUGAAGAAAAACGGCAGCGCUCAGCCUAAAAUGCUGCUUCGCCGCACAGAGUCUGUUGUGGAGAAGCUCCUGACCAACUGGAUGUCCAUUUGCCUUUACGGCUUUUUGAGGGAGAGCGCCGGCCAGCAUUUGUUCUUGCUCGUGAGCGCUCUCACGCAGCAAAUUGCUCGGGGACCGGUGGACCGCGUGACGGAAAAAGCACAGUAUACGCUCAGUGAGGAUUGGCUCUUGUGGCAGGCACCAGAUUUCACUUCUCUGAAGCUGAAGGCGUUAUUCGCCGUGGGCAGUGAUGGCGAGGUCAGCGAGCCCCUGGAGGUGGUGGCUCUCAGUUGUGACACGGUGGAGCAGCUCAAGGAGAAAAUUCUCACAACCUUCAAGGCCAAGUUCGGCUUCACUUACAACAGCCCGCAAACGAGCGUUCAUAUCGAGUUUGAAAGGAACGGAAACUUUGCCGCUCUUGAGGAAGUUGACGCCAGCUCUGAAGUUAUGGGGGAGGUGACCAUGCUGAACACGCUUCAGCACUAUAAGGUUCCGGACGGCGCUACAGUCAAGGUGCUAUCCAGAAAAAACCCUUCCGUCAGCCCGCAGUCUAGUCUGAAGGACGAUCAAGACCUCUCAGAGAAAUACUUUCACUUGAUCAAUCCCGAUGUCGAGGCGGACAAGGGAACAAGUCCGGAGAGGAAGAAGUUAAAACUGAAGGAAGUGCACCUCACCAAACUGCUGUCUACCAAGGUGGCGGUACAUUCGUUUGUGGAGAACUUGUUCAAGUCCAUCUGGGGGAUGCCCAACUGCAGAGCACCGCAGGCUGUCAAGUACUUCUUUGACUUCCUCGACAGUCAAGCAGACAAUAUGAAAAUCCCAGAUCCGGAUGUACUGCACAUUUGGAAGACUAAUAGCUUACCACUGCGCUUCUGGGUAAACAUCCUGAAGAAUCCUCAGUUUGUCUUCGACAUGGACAAAAGUCCGCACCUGGACGGCUGCUUGUCUGUUAUUGCUCAGGCCUUCAUGGACUCCUUCUCUCUCAGCGACACGCAGCUGGGCAAGCACACGCCCACCAACAAACUGCUGUACGCCAAAGACAUUCCAAAGUACAAGCAGGAAGUCAAAGAGUACUACCGGCUGGUCGCGGAGCAGCCGCCCAUCACGCGAGCCGAGUUUGAGGACUUCUUGCGCGAGGAGUCAAAGAAGCACGAAAACGAGUUCAACGAAGGAGCGGCACUGAAGGAACUCUACAAGAUCAUCAAGCGAUACUUUCCAGAGACCACUGAUAAUCUCCCUCGAUCUGGGGCUCCAUGCAAGAUCUCACCCCGGCUACAGAAGGUGAGGGACCUCUUCGAGGGGAUGAAGAGCUGCCCCUGGAGUACAGAAGGAGUGUUGUAA